AUUGCAAAGCGGAAGCCGUCACGUGUGUCAUUUCUUCGAAAUUCCAAAAAAUUUCAGAAUAAGCUCUGAGUUUAAUAUAAAUCCUGAGUCACGAUGAAGCGCAAUAUCCCCAAGAUCAUGGAUGAUCAGUCGUCCAGUUCGCCGAGCCCGUCUCCCAUUGUAUCGCCAUUGUCGUCUCCGAAAUCUUCGCCAACCAAUGGGUAUCCCAUCCUCUACGUAGAUGUGGUGAAAAAGAACCAGCCCAUUCUGGAGACGCUGCCCCCACUUCCACGACCCCAGGUCUCUGCACCGGAAUUCAGUAUUUUCCGGGAGGAUUUUCCGGCUCUGCCGGGAACUUCGAGAUUACCCUCGGCGCCCGCAGUUCCCGACGACUGGACUGCCAUGUUGAGCGAGGGUGACCAGGUGGAACUGGCCAAGUUCCGCGAUAUAGUCAUAGACAGCGAAGCGAACGUCAAUGUGGGCUGCAGCGAGGCCUUCCUCCCGAAAAACCAGAACCCGGAGCAGCAGCAGGACAUGGAGUUCCUUCCCCAAGUGUACGGCCUUGUGGCCAAUCCUCCCCGCUUCGAUGUGAGCCUGAUCUUUGGCAAGCAGUUCCUGCACGAAGGUGUCCGUCAGAGGGCCAUAAAUUCGGCCCACAAGGCGUCAGUCCCGAAUAGAAGUGCCAGCGGGUUCCAUCCGCCUCCCGGUUUCGAGAACAUGAAAAUCUUUGCGCGCCUGAGGACCACCAAUUCAGGCAUGCCACUGGGCGGAGUAAACUUGGAGCUGGGGUCCCCUCUCUAUGACAGGGUUUGGCAAUUGAACUUUCACACUCCGGUUUCCGCUGUCGAGGGAUCUUUUGGUAUGCUGGGACUGGCCAAACGCCUCGGAUCGGCCCAGCGUAAUCCCCAACUAAUGCCCCAUAUUUUCGGAAAUGAUGUUCCGCCCAAUGUCGGACUCGGAGGCGCCACAAACGAUGCGCACUCCACCUUCGCCGGGCCCUUUGAGGGAGCCCGCCUGAAUCCCCACGAGAUGAGCUACAAUGUGCCACUGAACUAUCUACUGGCUGGAAGGUUGAAUAUGCAGCACCCGAAGACGGAGGAGAUGCAGGUGGAGCUGUUGUUUUUCUUCUUCUACACCUACACGGGCGACAUGAUGCAGAUGCUCGCGGCGGCGGAGCUGGCGGAACGCGGCUGGCGCUAUCACAAGUUCGAGCGCCUCUGGAUCAAGCGGCAGCCGGACAAUCCCAACUACUUGUUUAGGGGCUUCCAGGAGUCCGGCGAGUACAACUACUUCAACAUGUGCCAGUGGAAGAUCCUGCCGCGCCACUUCCAACUGGAGCCCGACCAGCUGGAGCGGACCCUGUCCAAGGAGGAGCUGUACGAGCUGCACGGAUACCAUCCCCAGAUGACGGGCUUGUAGGCGAAUGGAUUGUGACCUUUCAAAUUGUUUCGUCGCUGUCACAUCUUUUUUAUGAAACCAAAGCUUUAAACGCGUCUUAAAACAAAUAAGAAUUUUUUUUGUAGACCUAGACUAGCGUUUUAUAAAAAACCAAAGCU